UUCAUUCCUCUUCUCAUUCCGAGCAUUCUUCGCAUCACUGUAGGUGCGCCGCCGAUUCACGUACAUACACCCGGCUGGCCCAGAAGCACAAGAAUAACUUUACACAGUUUACAAAAAACUAUAUCAGCUCACAUAAGGAAAAGAAAAGGGCGACAUUAAAAAAACCAAAACAAAUAAUAACAGAGGUGUUUGAGCCGCUUCAGCUGGGAGUUGCAGAUUGGAGUGGAACAUUUUCAGAACUCAGCAAAAACAUAGUAUUCAAAGAAGACUUGUUGCACCCACAGGAUACGGCGCGUUCCCCCCUCUAUUGGCAUCUAUUCUGUUUUUCUCCCCCUAGUCGGCUCCGGCUGUGGCCGGAGAGAGGAAGGCGCCACCAUUGAUCCCAGCAGCUGGAGCGGGAGCGAGAGCCCUGCCGACGACAUGGAGCGGCUCAGCGACUCGGCCGACAAGCCCAUGGACAACGACGCCGAGGGCGUGUGGAGCCCCGACAUCGAGCAGAGCUUCCAGGAGGCGCUCGCCAUCUACCCGCCCUGCGGCCGCCGCAAGAUCAUCCUGUCCGACGAGGGCAAGAUGUACGGUCGAAACGAGUUGAUAGCCAGGUACAUCAAGCUUCGGACGGGGAAGACGAGGACGAGGAAGCAGGUGUCUAGUCACAUACAGGUCUUAGCAAGAAAGAAAGUUCGAGAAAUCCAGGCGGCCAUCAAGGUGUCUAGUCACAUUCAGGUUCUUGCCAGAAGGAAAUCUCGAGAGUUUCAUUCCAAGCUAAAGGUUACAAGCAUGGACCAGACCGUGAAGGACAAAGCCCUCCAGAGCAUGGCGUCCAUGUCGUCGGCGCAGAUCGUCUCGGCCACCGCCAUCCACAACAAGCUGGGCCUGCCGGGCAUGCCCCGCCCCGCCUUCACUGGAGCAGCCGGGUUCUGGCAGGGCAUGAUAUCGACGGGCCAGCCUGGAUCAUCUCAAGACAUUAAGCCAUUCGCCCAGCAAGCCUAUCCCGUCCAGCCUCCUGUCACUACAGCCAUUUCGGGGUAUGAGCCCCCGACAGCUCCAGCACCCACUGUUCCAGCCUGGCAGGGCCGCUCCAUCGGAACGUCGAAACUGCGACUUGUGGAGUUCUCCGCCUUCCUGGAGCAGCAACGAGACCCGGACUCUUACAACAAGCAUCUCUUUGUGCACAUCGGCCAGACGAAUCACUCCUACAACGAUGCCCUGCUGGAGUCGGUGGACAUCCGUCAGAUUUACGACAAGUUCCCCGAGAAAAAAGGGGGGCUGAAGGAACUGUUUGGCAAAGGGCCGCAGAACUCCUUCUUCCUCGUGAAGUUCUGGGCCGACCUGAACUGCAACAUCCAGGACGACGCCGGGGCCUUCUACGGGGUGACCAGCCAGUACGAGAACUCUGAGAACAUGACCAUCACCUGCUCCACCAAGGUGUGCUCCUUCGGCAAGCAGGUGGUGGAGAAGGUGGAGACGGAGUAUGCGCGGUUUGAGAAUGGGCGCUUCGUGUACAGGAUAAGCCGAUCGCCCAUGUGCGAGUACAUGAUCAACUUCAUCCACAAGCUCAAACACCUGCCCGAAAAGUACAUGAUGAACAGCGUCCUGGAGAACUUCACCAUCCUGCUGGUGGUGACAAACAGAGACACGCAGGAGACGCUGCUGUGCAUGGCCUGCGUGUUCGAGGUGUCCAACAGCGAACACGGCGCCCAGCACCACAUCUACCGGCUGGUGAAGGACUGAGCACCACAUCUACCGGCUGGUGAAGGACUGAGAUGCCCCACGCCGCUCGGACAUAGACUGAAAACCUCAAUACAAGUGGCUGUGCCUCUAAUUGAAAUCAGACCCAGACUGCUUUUAGUCACAUUUGGGUGAAGCCUAUUAUUAUUAUUAUUAUUAUAUUAUUAUUAUUAUUAUUAAUUAUUAUUAUUGUUAUUAUUAUUUUUUUGUCUUUCUUAACGUGUAUGUGUAUGACUGCAGCUGUGAAUUGCGGUACAGUUGUAUUAUGUUUUGAUACGUAAAAUAGUUCAUUUUAAUGGAUGACUAGUUUGUAUCUGUCUGUAGGACAAAGUACAUAUAUUGUGUCAGUGUAACGCCAGACAGAAUUAUCUGUUGGGUUGGGUUGUGUUUUGUUAGCAGGUUUCUUUUUCUUUUCUGUUUUUCGUCCUGUGAGGUCCAUUGAGAAAAAAAACAAACAAAAAAACAGACAGUAGCCUUGGUUUUGUGAGUUAUGUAAACUACAUAGUGUGUGUGUGUGUGUAUGUGUGUGUGUUUAUGUGCGGUUUUGUGAGUGUAUACCGUACGUGUAUACACAUAGACACAUACGCAUAUUUUCCAAAGAAUGUGUUUUGAAGUAUAUCUUUUUUCUUUUUUUGGGGUAAGUACAUUUACAAAUGAAAACUAUUUAGAAGAUGAAAGAUUCUGGUUUAUUGUUUAUUGUUAAGUACAAGGACACUACCGGAGAAAAACAUUCGCAGCUGUCAGAGAAUCGAGAAACUCCAGCGUAUAUCUGAAGCAGUGACCAAGCAGCUGCCCAAGAUUGCACUGUAAUUACACAAAGCAUGUAUUUAUCAGCCAUUGUCCAGAGACUGGCCUGGACCACUCUCAUACCGCAAUAAUCUUAUAAGAGUUGGACUCAUUGAGAUUCUCCUGAGCUGCGCAUGUUUUCCCUCCUCCUGGAAGGAGAACAAACUGAAUCUUUGGAAUCGCAAAGUCAUUCUGUCAGAAAUGGAAAGCACUACGGUUUUGAAUUGUCACUUUGUCCGAAGCACUUGCUUGUUCUGGUAAGACGGGCCUUAUUCAGGCUGCCUGACACACUGCCUUUAACUUUAGAUUACGAAAAAUUAUCACUGUGUGCUAAGAAACACAGGAUCGAGUCUAUGAAAAUGUAAAAUGUAAAACGCUGGGAAACCAGGUGACAUUUAGUUUUCAGUGGCAUUUACUUUGCUAUGGUGCCUAGUUCUUGAUAUAUAUAUAUAUAUAUAUAUAUAUAUAUAUAUAAAAAAGUUUGAUUUUAUUUUUUUCCUUUGGCCAUUGAAAUAUUUUUUUUAUGAUUAUUAAUCCUAUCCGUUUUCAGUCAGCCGCUGCCUUUACAUACAGUAGUCCUAUAAAUCUGUGGCCUACACUAUUCGUUUUCUACAACUCCGAGCCUUAAUUAAAUGUGGUGUGAAUUCCAAAAGAUGCCACUAAAGCUGUGAUCUCUUUCCUAAGCUGGAAGACCCAUUUGUUAACGUCACACAUGAUAGGGAUUUUACAGAACAGCCAAAGCGUAUCUGUAUACAGUGCCUUAGUGUAUGUUGUUUAUACAGUCUAUGGUUGUAACACUUACCGUCGUUAACUUGUGAGGACAUGUCCAUUUUGAUUCAGUAACAGAUCAGCCAUUUUGUGAACAAAUGACCUGCCCAUAUAUUUUGCAUUGACGCCAACAUUCAUUGCGCCAUAUCAAGAAGUAACUGUGAUGAGAGAUUAAUUAAGCAAUUGCUUUCAAGUUCUAUUUAUAUAUAUAUAUAUAUAUAUAUAUAUAUAUAUAUAUAUAUAUAUAUAUAUACACAUUUUUAAUUUACGUUUCUUAGCAAAACAAUAUAUACAGAACUAAAAUAACUGCCUUUGUCUGAAAGACCAAAAACAACAGAAAAUUAUAGAGAUAUAUCUGAUCUCUAAUCAUUUCCCUGCACUGUAGCAUGAAAGUGCCUUUGGUUUGGAAUUUCCAGCUUAGAAAAGACAACGUGUUGAGAAUUAUAAACAUUAGCAAAACCAAAAAAAGAUAUAUUAACAAGUGAGAAAACGGAUCACCACAAUGCCUUUUUUAAUUUUUUGUAAUAGAUGGAUGAGGCACAGAACAUUUUUGACAGAAAUAUAGAAGAUUAAGAUUUUAACAGGACAGAAUUUGGUAACACUAAGAAAAAUGGUGCACAAUAUAUUUAAAGAGCGCCUUUGUGUUCAUUUGUGUAAUGUUGACUCCCAUGAAGGGAAUACUCUUAAGUAUGAGAUUUUUUCCAGCAGUGGUCAUUUUCUUACUCACGCAGUUGAAAGCUAAUCAACUGUCAAUGUGACUAUAACUGUUUGCAUUAAUCAGUAUUAAUAUUUGGCUUCUACUUGUCCUUCUAUAUCAAGAGGGGUGAGGUGAGGAGUGGGCAAGCUAGAAAAGACCCUUGGAUGUAAAUCUUGGCCAUAUGUGUUUGAUAGCCGAUCGGGCGUGUGAUCAGUCACUGUGCACUGUCAGUGUGGGUCCCCACGAAUGUUCCUAUUUAUACAAAAGUGUUUUGUAAUAUUCUGCUUAAGAAUGUGAGGUUCUAUGUCAUGUUGAGCUUUGAAGGGGGGCUUAAGAACACGCCUGCCCCUCUGUAAAAUCCAGCUAUGCCAGCUUGACCAGCUCAAUUUUCAAGCUGGUCUAGCUGGGAGCUUGUCUGAACUGGUCAACCAGCUAAACCAGGGGUGCACAACUCCAGUUCUUGAGGGCCGGUCUGUGAGCUGGUUUUUGUUCCAACCCAAUUAUAUUAAUUCAUUUUUUUGACCGAUCGAUAAGUGAUGUUGGUUCACUCCUGUACUUGAGCACAGAAAAAUCUUAAGGAUUUGCGUAUACAAAUGUCUGGUUAAGACAUUAUUUAGCUAAUUAAAUAAUUUAUUAAAAUCCUAAACGGAUUUGCCCUUGCUGUGUACCCCCGAGCUAAACUCUGUUGAACUGGGAGCUGGUAUUAUUUGGUGAACCAGCUAUCAGCGGUUUCAAAACCUACCUGUUUUUUCAGCAGGGUGUGGAACCCCAGGUGACCUGUAUGUUAGACAUAGCAGUGGCCGGACUCAUAGCGCCCAUUCACCCGAGCAAAUCGGUUAGUACGUCACUUUAGAAGGAAAGCCCUUAAUUCUCCACAGUGCCAGAAUAGAUAGUCUUUACUUUCCCUUCUUGUGGAACACCACCGACCAGCACUGUUGAAAAUUGCCAGUCCUGAUUAUUUAAAUGGGUUCACAACAAUCUUUUUAACAGCUUUAUAACACCACUUCUUGAAUAAAUAAAAGUAGAUGUAAGUAAUGAAUGCUAAAUAGUUGGUAUGAUUCAACAAUGAAACAAUGAUUGGUGUUAAACAACAAUAGCUUUUGUUGUUUAACCUGUUUUUUUGUGGGGGGAUGGAUGGGGUCUUUAUUGCUAUUUCGCCCUGUGUACUUGUUCGCGUUUCUGAAUAACGAUGAGAUGAACUCAGUUCCUGUUUUUUUAUUGUGCAACGCGUAUACAAUGGUUUUGUGACGUCUUUAUAUUCAAACCCCAGUCAAUGGUCUCUGUUACCACUGCACUGCUGGUACUUUUGCCACCUCGAUCCCUUUUCCAAUACCUCUAGUUUCAAUUGGGAUUCAAGAUCACUUUGUUAACUUGAAACAAGGUCUGAAUGUCAGGAAAACAUUUUAAUGACCUGGAUGGUUAACAAUGGUGUGAUAAAAGGAGUUUUGACGCAAACAUAUCAGCAGUUUAGCUCUAGUUCUUACUCGUUUUGUGUUUUGUCUCUGUGUCGGUACUGGUACCUUUCUGUUCAUAACCAUUUUAAAUGAUUGGCGUUAAAGUGAACUUUUAUUUAGUUCAUAUAGUAUGGGAGGGAGGGGAAAGGAUUGGGUGUGCGUGCAGAGAUUUUUUAAAAGGUGCUUUGUAUAAAGAAAAUGAUGUAUCCUGGCUUUUCUUGGUACAAACAUGUGAAACCUUUAUAAAGGGGAGAGACGGGAGAACGGAGGAAACUGGCUACACGUGUGCGUGUGUGUGCGUGCGUGCACAUAUGUGUUUGUGUGUGCGCAUGUGUGUUCUUUACUGCAAACGGUCUCGUCUGCUCUGUAACAUUUUGAUGCCUUCUUGAUAAAGUGGUAGAUAUUUUGUAGCUUUCUAGGAACUUUGUAUGCAUACAAUAUCAAAUGAAAAUAAAUAUUAAAACUUG